AUGGACGCGACACGUUAUGAGCACCGUGAUGGUACGAUGAACAACAACAGUGGCGCUGGCUCUCAAUUCAACAAUAAUGGUGCUGGUAAUCAGGUCAACUGGCCAGGACCAGAUGGGACUGCUACCUUCAAUUUCGGCAGUUCCGCAAACCACUCAAGCAGUUACGGAAAUGUUGUCGUCAGUGGGCAGGCUCAUUUGGGCAACCAGUACAACUUUUACAAUCAUCCGAGCCCAGCUAUACCAGCGUCAAUCGUCGUUAAUCCCAAAGAACAAGUCAUGGCUUUGCUCCGAAACGACGAGACUUUUUCCCGGUAUGCGCAAGUCGAAAAGUCAUUUGGGAACAGCUUCUCGUGGCUCUUCGAAAACGAGGGCCUCGGAUUUUCAAGGUGGUUGGAAGAUGACACAAGCUUGUAUUGGAUCAGAGGUAAGCCCGCAUCAGGCAAAUCGACCCUGAUGAAGAUGGCGUAUAGUCAUCCCAGAACUCAGGCCAUUCUGAAAAACAGUGACUGCAGAAGAGCCGGAGCAGCCUUCUUCUUCCAUGACCGUGGAUCACUUUAUCAGAAAUCAUUCGUUGGGCUGCUCUGUAGCAUAUUGUAUCAAGUUCUGAGUGCCCUUCCAGAGCUUAUCGAGCACAUUCUACCUGCGUUUGGCUCUACCCUCACAACUCUCAGGACUAGAAGGUUACAUCAGGAUAUUACCCUCUCUUUGGCGGAACUGCAGACUGCAUUCGAACUAGUCUCCACGCAGACCGUUUAUUCGGUGCAGAUUUCACUUUUCUUAGAUGCUCUGGACGAAUACUCAGGCAAACAUGAGGACAUUGCUAAAUUUCUGGUUUCCACGGUAAGAACAGCAAACUCACUGACUGCAUCAACUAGAAUCAAAAUAUGUUUUUCGAGCCGACCUCUGAACAUUUUUCUUGACUACUUCUCAGAGAUCCCGGGUUUUUUCAUGCAAGAUCACACUAUUGCGGACAUGGAGAUUGUAGUGGAUACCAUCCUUCGUGGAAACCGGAGGAUGGAGCAGCAACUUGAUAGCGAAGAUGGUCUUGUCAAUGGUCCCGUUCUGCUUCUACGGCAGCAGAUCCUCGAACGUGCGGAUGGGGUUUUUCUUUGGGUUCGACUUGUGCUGGACGAACUGCUAGAGGCAUUUUGUGACGGAGCAGACGUUGUCCAGCUGAACACGCUUCUGGAGUGUAUUCCUAAUGAUUUGAACGAAUUCUAUCUUAGGAUUUUGGAUCGGAUACCACAGAAGUACAAGGAGGACGCCCUGAUCAUGCUGGACAUCGUGCGAUGUGUUCUUCAACCUCUGAAUGCAGAAGCUUUCUACGACACCUUUCGCAAUGCACAGUCGGAGAAACUGGCGACCUUUGAAUUCUGUAAUAUGAGUGUUGGUUUGUUGGAUAGACUCGAGAGGCUGCUACGUAGCCGCACAGGCGGCCUCCUAGAACUGGUCGAAAUUGAGAGCCAGAAAUAUGACAUUGGUCGGGACGUGGAUGUAUAUCGAGUGCAGUUCAUCCAUCAGACGGUCAAAACGUUCGUACAACAGUCGAACACACGCCUGCGGCUUCACAAGCGGGCUUCUAGCACUACCGGUUUUGAGUACUAUCUGAGGGCACAGUUUGCAGCUGCCGGACGAGUCUAUAGGCUAAGCGAUAAACAUAUGAAGACUCGGCUUGAGGGUAUCUUGGGGUACAAACUUCACGAGUUUCAACUGCCUGUGCACUUUUCGAUUGGCCUUCUAGAAAACAUGGCGUACGCGGAAGUAACUACUAGGAAACCAUUGACAAACAUCUUGAGAUUGGCUACAGACGAAGCAGUGGUAGCAGCGUAUCACACGCGCCUGUGGACAAAAGAUACAAUGUAUUCAGCAAUAAACACAGUCACGGAGUUGGCAGCUGUAGCCGGGCUCCAUCUCUACCUGAAAGAGCACUUCACGAAUCGUCCAUUGCCUGCGCCUGAAGCCGAUCGGCUGUUGUGUAUCGCGUUGGAAAGUUUUGAGAUGGGCCUGAUGUCUAUUAAUUCACUGACAGAAGUCUCCUGCUAUCCUUCAGUCGUUGAUACAAUACUGCAGGCCAUGACAAGAGACACGCCCGAAAUAAGGCUUGAGGCAUUUGAAGAAUUGUGUCGUAUCAGCGUCGAUACCCUUCGUCCUGAAGGAGUCUGCUUUUUGUAUGAGGCCAUAGAGCUUUUCUUACAGCAUGGUCAAGACGUAAACAUGCUUAUGCAAUUUGAGAUUAGAGGACGCGGCAUUGUGAAGAGCACAGCACUACAUUUUGCUGUGCGGAAUUGCAAUAUGCAACAGGUCACUCUCUUGUUGCGUUAUGGUGCAUUGGUAAACACGUUGAACACGUUUGAGCAAACGCCUCUCGAUGUGGCUUACAAGGGAAUUUGGCAGGACUCAGGUGAGAACGAUUGUCAAGAAAUGGUCACGAUCAUUGCACGACUGCUCGAUACUGGAGGUAAAAUCACUUCAAAACGAGGCAAGACAUGUGUGGAUGUGCACCUCCAACGUCUUUGGCAGGCUUUCCAGCAAAAUCGAGAAUUACAUGAUGCUACUGGUGAGCAUCUUGUCGAACGAAUUCUCCAUCCGCCGAUACUGGUUAUAGGAACGAGCUUCAAUGGCGUCCACAGAACCAUGGCCUGGGUCAAAGACAAGAUAUCUAAGAAGUCAGAGGGAGCCACGAAAUAA